GUCUGCUGCCGCCGGAAGUACAGCAAUUUAACUAGAUGUUGGCGGCUGCUCCUGGACACCGCUGGUCUGGGCCGGGUCUCCUUCAUUCCCUUCUGCCGGGCCGCACGUGCCAUGGGCUUCACCCAUGUCACCACGCUGUGGAAGCAGCUGGAUGUCAACAGCAGCGGCUUCAUCACAUUGGAGAGCUGGGAUCCGACAUCAUACAAGAGCCUCAUGCAAUUCCGGACGAUCUGCCUUCGGGAGUAUGGCGGACUCCGGGAAGCCUUCAAGUUCGGCCUAGAUAGAAGUGGCUCUGGCACCUGUACGAAGAAGGAGCUCCGGCAAUUCCUGCAGGACUUCGACUUCGCCGGGGACUGCGCCGCUCUGUGGAGCGCGCUGGACGAGAACGAGGAUGGCUACUUGACCGUUGACGAGCUGGACUUCUUGUCACAAUGGCAGGGUGAGAGAUAUCGAUCUGAUGAGGUAGAGCGGCAAUUCGACCGCGGUCUCAAGCGCCUGUUGCUCUGCCGCCAGGGCAGGCUUGGCUCAAAGGGGUCAUCAUUCAUGUCUUCGGUGGCAUCUAUGAAGCGCUAA